AGAGAUACAGGUAGAGUACAGAGUAAAGGUAGCUGUGUACAUACCGCCCCUACAGCUCUAUACCCGUCUGACCUUACUGGUGUAUUAUGACUGACGGACGGGGUAAAGUUCGAAGGCUACACUCACCACACGCUGGUUUGGUUUUGCGGACGGAACAUCGCUGAUGGGCCAGUGAGUCUGAUGUACAAGAAGACAAUGGACUGUGUCGGACUCAGUAGCGGCGCUAUGGUUGGCCUGGGCGCAGCUGCGGUGACUGCAGCAGCCACGUACUACCUGGCAACCAGGGCAGAACCAAUGGUCACCUCUAUCAACCUCCAGAACCAGUCUGUCAUACUAGAGGAUGGCUCAAGAUGUUCUCACUUUAUGAAGGACGGGAAGCUAUUGGAAGUGUUAUACGAUGAUGUUAGAACUACAUACGACUGUUUCCAAAGAGGACUUCGCGUGUCGAACAAUGGGCCGUGUUUGGGAGCAAGGACUGGUCCUAGGAAGGAGUACGAGUGGCUUUCAUAUCAACAGGUGUAUGACCGAGCUUGUGCCUUUGGGUCGGGGCUGCUGGAAAUAGGACUACCGGCAAGCAAUGAUGUAUUCGUGGGUUUUUACAGCCUAAACAGGAUAGAGUACGUGGUGGCCGAGCAAGCGAGCAUCAUGUUCUCAAUGGUCUCCGUGCCCCUCUAUGAUACCCUAGGUACCACAGCUUGCAGCUUUAUCAUCAAUCAGAUUGGUAUUACCCAUGUGGUAUGUGACAAGGCGGAGAAGGCGAAAACCCUUCUGGCCAGUGUAGAUACGACUCCAAGUCUCAAGUGUAUCAUUCUGAUAGAGGAGCCGACAGCUGAGCUGGUGCAACAGGCCGCUGAAGCCAAGAUUGAGAUCAAAGAGUUCAGUGCUAUAGAGUCACUUGGACAGAAGAAUCUAAAGGACCCUAAGCCCCCUACUCCCGCAGACCUGGCAACUAUUUGCUACACAAGUGGAACUACAGGUGACCCAAAAGGUGUAAUGCUUUCUCACCAAAACCUCAUCAGUAACAUGUCAGCUGUUGGCUGUGUAGCACUGAAAGGUGUCACUGUGACCCCACAGGAUGUACAUUUAUCUUACCUGCCGAUGGCACACGUGUUUGAAAGGGGCAUGCAGAUUAUAGCAUUUAUGCACGGCGCCCAAGUUGGCUUCUCCAGGGGUGAUAUCAAGUUGCUUACUGAGGACCUUCAAGCUCUUAAGCCCACAAUAUUCAUCACCGUGCCAAGGCUUCUCAACCGCAUUUACGACAAGGUACUAUCAGGCGCACAGGGAAGCAAAAUAAAAACAACGUUGCUUAAUUUGGCAUUAAAUGCCAAAACCAGAGAAGUUCAAAGAGGCGUGGUUAGGAGGGACAGUAUCUGGGAUCAGCUAGUCUUCAAAAAAGUGCAACAAACUGUAGGAGGCCGAGUGAAGAUAAUCAUCACUGGAUCUGCUCCACUAGGAAGCAAGGUUCUUGACUUUAUUAGGGCAUCAUUUGGAUGUUUGGUGUUAGAGGGAUAUGGGCAGACGGAGGCAGCAGCUGGAAUUACAUUUAACGUACCAGGAGAGAUUGAAUCAGGCCAUGUUGGAUGUCCAUUGCCCUGUAACUUUGUCAAAGUUGUGGAUGUUCCGGAGAUGGACUAUUACGCCUCGGAUGGAAAAGGAGAAAUUUGUGCGAAAGGAGACAAUGUGUUUGUUGGUUACUACAAAAACCCAGAGAAAACGUCGGAAACAAAAGACAAGGACGGGUGGCUCCACACAGGAGACAUAGGAGAAUGGCUACCUAACGGAGCUUUACGAAUCAUCGACAGAAAGAAAAACAUAUUCAAACUUGCACAGGGGGAAUAUGUGGCAGCAGAGAAGAUUGAAAAUGUAUAUAUGAGAAGCGAAUAUGUCGCACAGGCCUUUGUUGAAGGAGAUAGUUUGAAACCAUACCUGAUGGGUGUUAUGGUACCAGAUAUAGAAGUUGUUCCACGCUGGGCGGAAAAAGAGGGCCUACCUACAAGCAUGGAUGAACUUUGCACUUGUCAGAAACUGAAAGAUUUGAUACAACAGGAUAUCAUCAAUGUCGGUAAAGCCAUGGGCCUGAAAACUUUUGAGCAGGUAAAAGACAUCCAUCUUCAUCCGGAACCAUUUUCAAUGGACAACAACUUACUCACGCCAACUUUCAAAAACAAAAGACCAAACUUACGAAAAUUUUUCAAGUCUCGUAUCACAGAACUUUAUGAAAAACACGAAGCAACAUCAUGAACAUGACGAUACAUACAUCUGUUUACUGAUUGCGCUUGAAAUAUCUAUUUUUUUUAAGAAAUAAUUGAUAAUGGAUUUACUACAUGAUUACCAUUGUAUUUCCUCAUGUACUAUCACAUAAUGUGACGUCAAAGUUAAGACAUAACGUUAUGACUUUGUGGCAUAGCUUUGAAGACAACACUAUUA